AUGAGAAACUCCGUUCUCCUGCUCUGCCUUUGGAGCGUCUAUUGUUGCUUUGCCGCGGGAGGCCCCGCACCCCUUGGUCCAGAGGGACCGCUGCAAGAUGAGCUCCACGAAUCCAAGGAUGUACAGGCUGCUGCCAAACCCUCCGUGAGGUUUAACCUCCGCACCUCCGAGGACCCAGAGCUUGAAGGAUGUUACCUCUCCCUCGGUGACAACCAGCCCCUAGAAGACUGUGGCUUCAACAUGACAGCCAAAACCUUUUUCAUCAUUCACGGGUGGACGGUGAGUGGCAUAUUUGGGGAAUGGCUGUACAACCUUGUGUCAGCCCUGCAGACAAGAGAGAAAGAAGCCAAUGUCGUGGUGGUUGACUGGCUCCCCCUGGCUCACCAACUUUACACAGAUGCAGUCAAUAACAUUAGGGUGGUGGGACACAACAUCGCAGGGAUGCUCGACUGGCUACAGGAGAAGGAUGGUUUUUCUCUUGCGAAUGUUCACUUGAUUGGCUACAGCCUUGGAGCUCACGUGGCUGGGUACACUGGCAACUUCGUGAAAGGCACCGUGGGCAGAAUCACAGGUUUGGAUCCUGCCGGGCCCAUGUUUGAAGGGGUGGACAUCCACAGCAGGCUGUCCCCUGACGACGCAGACUUCGUGGAUGUCCUCCACACCUAUACGCGUUCCUUCGGCUUGAGCAUCGGGAUUCAGAUGCCUGUGGGCCACAUUGACAUCUACCCCAACGGGGGUGACUUCCAGCCGGGCUGUGGCCUCAACGAUGUUUUGGGGUCAUUUGCAUAUGGAACGAUCGCAGAGAAGCUGAGAUGUGAGCACGAGCGGGCCGUGCACCUCUUCGUUGACUCCCUGAUGAAUCAAGACCAGCCGAGCUUUGCUUUCCAGUGCACAGACUCGAACCGCUUCAAGAAGGGGAUCUGUCUCAGCUGCCGGAAGAACCGUUGUAACAGCAUCGGCUACAACACCAAGAAAACUAGGAGUAAGAGGAACAGCAAGAUGUACCUGAAAACCCGGGCAGGCAUGCCUUUCAGAGUUUAUCAUUAUCAGAUGAAAAUCCAUGUCUUCAGCUACGAGAACACGACAGAAAUCGAGCCCGCCUUUUAUGUCACCCUUUAUGGCACCAGUGCAGACUCGGAGAUGCUGCAGUUGGAAAUGGUGGAGCAGAUCGGGCUGAAUGCCACCAACACCUUCCUGGUCUACACAGAGGAGGACUUGGGAGACCUCUUGAAGAUCAGACUCACCUGGCAGGGGGUAUCUCAGUCCUGGUACAGCCUGUGGAAAGAGAUUCGCAGCUACCUGUCUCAAACCCCAAAGCCCAAGCAAGAAGUGCAUGUUAGGCGCAUCCGAGUCAAGUCUGGGGAAACCCAGCGGAAAUAUACUUUUUGUGCAGAAGACCCGGAGAACACACGCAUAUCCGCUGGCCAAGAGCUCUGGUUUCACAAGUGUCUGGAUAACUGGAGAAUAAAAAAUGAAACCAGACAAACUGUAGAGCUCCCCUGAGGGUGUCAGCAAGGCCCCUGCCCCACCUACCAAGCACAUGGAGGAAAGUUACUGCUGAGGACCCACCUGAUGGGAGGAUCCCUCUCGGUCUUGACCCUGGAGCACAGGGAAGAACUUGCCUCCUGGGCCCAGGACCUUGCCUCCUAUGACAACUGGGACUUCUCACCAGAGGGGACCGUGCACUGCUGUUCUUUUGUUCUUGCUGUUCCUGCUAUUGCCCUAGACUAGCUCUAAGGCCACAUCUGUGUGCAAAUGGCCUAAUGCCUGGGCCUCUUGUGCACACCCUACUGGCUUCUAAGUGACUGGAUGAGCCUGUGCUUUACUGGACAAGGAACACCGGCUCUGAAGUGGCUCUGCAUGGAAGGCCAUCAGCUGCCUGGACCAGCUUGAAUAGUAGUGAGAGGCCUUCCCACUGGGAGCUGACUGUCAGGAUGGCAGACCUGUGUCCUUGUUCACCCAGAGAGGGUCAAUCUGGGGUGACUCUGAGGCCCUCGCUGUUGGGCUUCAAUGAGCUGCUUUAAUCAAUGUCGGUUACUUUUUCGACAUUCUCUCCCGCUCCUUAACUCACUCUCUAAAGCACACAUCAUUGGCUUUCUUACUUUUCCAUUCCUCAUUUUUUUGAUUGCCUUUUAAGCACUUAACCUUAAAGGGGUUGGGAUUUCUAGACUCCAAGUUUAGAUGAUCUAUGAAUAUACAUGUGAUGAAGGUGUAAGGGGCAUUAGGGGAGGGCUUGAGGAUGGAAGAGUUGGGGACCCUGAGGUUUUCAGUGGUUUCUACCUAUUUCUUCCUAGUUAGCAUGUACAUUCCCUUUAAGAGUGACAUGUCUGGUCACAAGCAGAGUAGCAAGCAGGGUACCAUAUGUGCUGGGGACCAGAAUGGUGGCCAACUGCCAGAUAUGAUUGCUUUGGAGCAAAAUCUCUUCUGUUCAGGAAGGUAGAAGGUUUUACAUAUGUUAUACAUAUCUGUUUACCCAUGAUCAUCACCUGUCAAGCAGCUGGUGCUAAGAUUUAACACAGUGUUUUUUCUUCCUUGGAAUACCUUGCUCUAAUACCAGCCCCUUUUCUGUGUUGAACUUCUGGAAAAGCCUCCAAUUCUUAUUUGAAUGAAUAUACAUGAUACCUGAGAAACCCAUUUUUACUUUCCAAAAGAUUUUCAUGUGG